CGCGAUUAUAACACAUUGAUCUAUUGGCUGCCCUAGUUCUUGCACUGCAUUUGCCCCUCUUUGAUACCAAAGCACCAUGGCCGACGAGCUGCGUCUCUCAAGUGACUCCAACGAACAUAGGCCUAGAUCUUCAAUGACUCUGAUGACUACUCUGGACGACGGUACAACUAUAAAUCUGACCGUUUCCCCGGCCUCAACAACCUCCUCAGCAGUCACUGCAUCAACAACUUUUACUCAUACUUCCUUUUCUUUCCAAAUUAGCACCUCGCUCCCAAACCAGGCUCUCCCUCUGCAAAAGCACUCCACCGCUCCAGAACCACACUCUUGCGCAGCCAGCUUGAACCCGCACAGAUCUCCGAAGCAUAUCAACACACUUAAGGCACCAGCUAAACAUUCAACACCAGGCAACAUGACUUCUCUCCCCAGCGACGUUGUUGGCAUUGAUACUGGCGAGAAGAGUCUCCUCUUCUAUGUCAUUGCCGAUCCUAAAGGCAACUACAAUUUGAGCUACCUCGAGUCUCCCGACGAUGGUGGCAAAGGCAACUACAGUGUAAAGAAGAUCAAGAGAGCUAGAGACAUGAGCGAGACCAACGAGGAUGAGGCGAUGCGAGACAUCAAGGUCUCUCCCAACAACAAGCAGGUCGCUGCCAUUACUUGGAAAGGCUCUCAGGGUGUCGAGAUCCGUGUCUACUACGUUGACGCGGAAAAUGACCAUCUUCGAGAGGUUUGCAAGACUGGCAACAGCGGCUGGUUUAUCGGAUCCUUGUCAUUCGACGACGACAACAACAAAUAUAAGAUCCGUCCCAACACCUCUAUCUCUGCCUCCGUCCAUAAAUACGUUAUCAACAACCGUGACAACUUCAAUCUGAGAGUCUUUGCUGCCGAGGACGGUGAGACAAACAAGAAGGGUCUCCCUCAGAUUUCAAUCUUCAAGUUCAACCACGACGAAACCCCCCAACGUCCUGCUUGGCAGGGUGUUUACAUCACCAGUACCAUCAAUGAGUACUAAGCGGUGCUGGACGCAUGGCUAGCUUUUACCACAUAUUGUUGGUUGGAUAUUUUUUGCUGAAAUGUCGCUCGUUUAACUAGUUGAUCUGUUAGUUGAUGGAUUCGAGGUGGCUAUAAAAAGAUAGGUUCAGUCAUGUACCCUUGUUGGAGUAGCAACUUUAGGUUACUGCAGAAGCUGCUACAAUUGAACUUUUCACCAAAAGAUGCUUGAUACUCAUGUGAACAAUCCC